AUGCCUGCGCCUUCAUCGUCAAGUCUCCUGUUAACACCAACCAAGAAGAAGGCAGCGCUGGCGGAUGCCCAAGCAGCGGCACCAGCGUCAACAUCGGCUGAAAUAUUUCACUGGCUUUGUACGGAAGUCGAGAAAUCAACGAUAGAAUGUUUUGUGAGAGAUAUGCAUGCAAUGACUCAGAACAUGGUCAAAGAUGAGGAUUUCUUCUGCAUACCGAGAGACGGGAUCAAGCUAUCUGUGGACGACGGAACAGCGGUUAUCGAUUGCGUUCAAACUAUUGCAUCAACGGCGCUAUCUACUCCAGCAAGCUCAUCAUCUUCCUCGAAACCGACCACCCUUCCGGCCAAUAUCGCUGCCAUACGAGUAGGCUACCUUGUUCGUGUCAUCGGCAAAGUCGAAGAGUGGCAUGAUACCAAGGAAAUUAAGGUCAACAGCAUAGAACAGUGCAAGUCCUUCAAUGACGAACCCAAUCAUUGGCUGCAUGUUUCUUUGCUGCAUGAGAAGUACUACUCUUCACAAGAGCCUUUCGUCGUUCCAAGUGCCGCGAAUCAAAUGCAAAGUCAAGACGUUGAUGCACAUAUGUCCCAGACAUCGAUAGAUGUUGAACCUUUUUCGCCAAUUAAAGAGUUGCAGGCCCCGCGCUCUCCUCAGAGUCAACACUUCAAACACCCCUCUCGCCUUCGUUCAGCGCAGUUGACCGAAAGUACAUUUCGACUUUACCUCAAAUAUUACAUGGAAAAUCUUCUGUAUGCACCUCCUCACGUGGCUCUGCCAGAUACAGAUAUUACGCUUGACUCCGUGUCCCGGCCCCGUAACCAUCAUUUGCGAGCGACAUCAGAUAUGCGUGGGUUCACACUGUCAUGCUUGCGUCGAGUCCCUGAACUGUCCAAUCUGGCGAAACUAGUUGUCCUUGCUGAUAUCAAGAGGGUACGAAGAACAGAGAGAGAAGCUGCGAAAUCAUCAUCCCAGAGCCUCAGAAAAUCCCAGAAACCAAGCAGGGAGCCAUUGGGUCCGAAGAAGAAACAACUGUUUGUCAAAGCCCUCGUGGAGCUUAUGAACGAAGGUAGUAUCAUACUAUGGGAUGGUCCUAAUCAUCCACUUUCUACUGCUUCUUGGCUCGGGCCUUGGAAGUCCACGUCUGCGUAUGAUACGCCCGCCAGUGUCAGCAUCUCUUCCACAACAACGACGUCCACUUUCAUGUCCAUGCUGCAAGAUGACGAAGACGACCCACUUUCUGAUCCAGAACCAAUGGAAGAUUCAUAUGUGCCAUUAACGCCACAGUAUACGGCGGAAGUAGUGGAAAACGCGAUGACCAAAAUAAAUGCACUCCCACCGGAUCGUCGGAGGCCAUUGAACAAGACGACCAUAACCAGGUUUCUUCGAAGAACUGAUGACCGUUGGAAGAACAUUGGGGAUUGGGCUGUUCAGGAUGCCCUGGAGUUUCUGCGGACCAAAAGGAGGGUGAGGGUGACUGGUACUGAAGGAAACUGGGAACUGUGUUCAUGAAUGGUCCUACCCUUUUUCGUUUUCUUCUUUGGCAUCGCCUCUCGUAUGGGACCCAGGCAGGCAGUUCUGUA